GAAACACAGGAAGACAAGCAAACAGAAUUACAAGCAUAAUAUGGGGCCCAGUACUGGAGCCAGUACUGGAUUUAUUUGAUUCUCCGCGCAAAUCAUGUCAGAAGAACUGCUCGAGGAGGUCAACUCUAUCAAUGCCAUCUACGGAGACGAAACCAUCACAUGUCUAGGAGAGACGUCGAACAUAUAUGCCUUGACUCUACCUUCUCAACCUAACAUCUCUCUUCGGGUCGAUUUUGCUCCCGAUUAUCCCGAUGCUCCUCCCUCCAUCCUUGGCACGCAGCACGUUGGCCACGAUACAGCCAAAGGCGAAGGGAAUUCCAUCGUUGAUCUGGUCCGCUCGAUACUGGCAGAAAUAUAUUCUCCCGGCGCACCAUGCAUCUUUGACCUCAUUGAGGAGUCCAAUCAGAGGCUUCAGCAGCUCGGCCUGGACCAGAGCUCAAAGGACGCGCAACAACAAGCUGUUGAAGCGAACGGUCAGCAUCAGGACGAUUCCCUCCACCAGGAUGAAUGGACGCGUUCUGACUCUUCCAAUCAGCCCAUAACAAAAUUAGGCGACCCGCCACUCUGGAGUGAAUCGGAUGUGGUUACGGAAAAAAAGUCCGUCUUCAUCGCUCGCGCUGCAGCAGUAUCCAGUGUGGACGAGGCCAAGUCAUUCUUGGCGCAUUUGCUCGCUACCGACAAGAAAGUUGGGAAAGCCACACAUAACAUCACAGCUUGGCGCAUACGUGGUGAAAAUGGGGUGCAGUUCCAGGACUGUGAUGACGAUGGCGAGGAUGCAGCUGGAGGCAGACUCUUGCACUUGCUGGAGCUGAUGGGAGCGUGGAAUGUGAUGGUCGUGGUCAGUAGAUGGUAUGGCGGUGUCAAGCUUGGUCCGGAUCGCUUCCGAUUGAUCAACCAAGCUGCUAGGGAUGCUGUGGUCAAAGGUGGAUUCGUUGCUGACGGGAGCACUGGCAAGGAUGGGGGAAAGAAGAAGAACCACAACAACAACAACAAGAGGUGAAAUAUCCUCUGUUAAUCUUUUCCGAUCGGCUAUUCGUAUUGAACUUGUGGCCUGCCAUGUACAUACACGGCGCACGAGCUGGUCCUUCAAUACUCUGCUGUGAACCCGAUCGUUUAUGAUCACGGAUAAAAUACAGCACGGGCUGGAUCUGAAACGAGUUGGAGAAUCUCUUCCGGGGUACCACCUACAGAGCGAGCCUGCGAAUGACAGUCCGACUUCUGGAAAUCGAAUGCUACAGAUGCCCGUAGGUGUUGGAAGAACUGCCGUGCGCAAGCCUCGCGGACAGUGUUACACGUGACAAGCUGGUUAUACUCAAAGUAUCAGCAGUCCAGCCGCGGCUGCGCUGCGCUGCGUGCCAGGCCAGGCCAGGCCAGGUACCUAGGAGGUACCUACAGUAACCAAACGUUACAUAGUAAGGAGGUGCAUGAAUCCCUCCGUGAAAUUGGACUUCUUUCUGGCAUGAGAACCGCAUGGCACGUGGGUCUGGCCUGUUCCUCAAACUCUAUAGUGACUUCCGGCGAAACUCCACGAGAUUCACUUUUUUCUCGUUUGCGCCGUACAGGGCUGCAGGCUCGAUUGCGACACUUCGAUUGGACGCUUCGGCCUUCCUGACCAGGACCAACAACUCUGUAUCGGUGGAGCCGGCUUCUAUGCUUCGAAACCUCCAAGGUCCUCCUGUAGGAAGACCAUGUGCCAAUCACGUGGUGAGGUACAUUGACAUUGUACAACUCGGUAGAUACCUUACAGAGAGGAUGAAUGGAUGGAUGCAUUAUCAAACUUCAGCUGAAAAAGAUUGAUUGAUAGCGACCAGACGGGAGAAUCAUGUGGCCGCCGGCGACAAACUACAUACUUGCAUGCAAGGCACCAAUUGGCAAUUGCCACUGCGAACUCUGCUAGCCAAGCCCAUGCAUGCUUCUUGAAUACAUACCACCUUUGGAAGUUAGAAGAAGAAGAAGAAGAAGAAGAAGCAGCCAUCUCGAGCAAGACCGGUGCGUGCAAUGCCCCCGUAAGGAGCGAAAAGCCCGUCCAUUCGCCGCACGAUAAGUGGUGAUGAAUGGGGGACAACACAUGAAUGGUGGAUACGAAAAAGAACAACAAAAAAUGCGACAUGACAUUCUGUUUCACCGACCGUUGUAUCUAGAGGCGACUCCUCUUUUUCUCUGUCUCUCAUGUGCACUUAUUGAUUUUUUCUUUACCC